AUGCACUGGAACGAUCAUUUGGAAGAACCUCAGCUCUCAGCCUGGUUUGAUCCAAAAAAACGUCCUGAUGUUAAAGCAACAACUGAUUGGCUCGCUCCAGUCAUAUGGGAAGGAACUUAUAAUAGACAAGUUCUAGACAACUAUUAUAAGAGACUGAACAUUACCAUAGGCUUGGCUGUCCUUGCUACUGGAAAAUUUAAAAGACAGAGCCUGAAACAUUUCAUAAAAUCUGCUGAUAAAUACUUCAUGGUUGGCUACAAUGUUAUCUUUUACAUCUUGACCGAUAACAGCUUCAAUCUACCAUACUUAGAGCUGGGUCCUCUUCGGUCAUUUAAAACAUUGGUGCUUCCUGAUAAAGAUUACCAGCAAGACUAUAUUCUCAGAAGCAUGAAGAACAUGAAAAGUACAAUCAUACGUCACAUCCAAUAUGAAGUCAACUUUCUCUUCACUAUGGCUGUGAAUCAGAUCUUCAAGAAAGACUUUGGAGUUGAAACCUUGGGCGAAUCUGUAGCUCAACUCCAUGCAUGGUGGUAUUUUAAAACCCCCAGAGAUUUCCCCUAUGAGAGAAGAUUUAAGUCAGCAGCCUUCAUCCCUUUUGAGAAGGGAGAUUUCUAUUACCAUAGAGGUAUUAUUGGUGGCACACCCCGUAAUGUUUUAGCUAUUGUUAAACAAUAUCUAAAGGGAAUUGCAGAUGACAGCACAAAUAAACUUGACAGCACAUAUGAAAGUCACCUAAAUAAAUACUUUUUAAUCAAUAAGCCCAGUAGGGUGUUAUCACCAGAGUACAACUGGAAUCCAAAAUUUAAAACUCCUCCACAGAUAAAGCACAUUAAGAUAGCAUGGCAACCAUAG